UUUGACACAACUAUCAUCCGCAACAUCUUAUCGCAUUUGUUAUAUAAAAUGAAACGUUUGUUUCGCGCGUUACAGGCCAGCCUAUUUUAUUGACUUACACCGCCUUCUCACCGCACAUCUCCAGCUCACCUUGGAAAAAUGCAAUUAACAUUCAAAAACCUCCAGCAACAAAAGUUUGUUGUUCCUGAUGUGGAUCCCAAGACGACUGUUCUUGAGGUAAAACAGAAGAUUAAGGAACAACAGGGAUAUGAGGUUGAACGUCAAAAGCUGAUUUAUUCUGGACGCAUUUUGGCCGAUGACAAGACUGUCGAAGAAUACGACAUAAAAGAAAAGGACUUCAUUGUCUGCAUGGUGUCUCGUGCCCCUGCCUCUAAGGUGAAGACAGAACAGAAGACUGAGGAGAAGAAGCAAUCUACCACUGAGUCUACUCCUCUUAAUACGACAUCUACUUCUCCCAAAACACCUGCUCCUGAGUCUGUCCCUGAGCAGACUCAACCUGCUGCUGUUGCUGCUGCUCCCACUGCUGCCCCAAUCGUCGGCGACAGCUCUCUUGUUUUGGGUGCUCAACGAAAUGCCGUCAUUGACAACAUGGUCGAAAUGGGUUAUGAACGCAGCCAAGUAGAACUGGCCAUGCGUGCUGCUUUCAACAACCCUGACCGCGCCGUCGAAUAUCUUCUGAACGGUAUUCCCGAAAGUGUUCGUCAAGCUCAAGAACAAGAGCAAGCUGCCGCUGCUGCUGCCGCUACUGCGGCUACCAAUGCAACUGCUGCUUCUGGAAACGCCGCCCCAGCUAAUUCAACGCAACCAGCUGCCCCUGGUAAUUUGUUUGAACAGGCUGCUGCUCACGCCCAAGGUGAAGAAGAGAGUGGUGCGUCUGGCGAGGAUCCUCUGGGCUUCUUGCGUGAGCUUCCUCAAUUCCAACAAUUGCGCCAGAUCGUUCAACAGAAUCCUCAAAUGCUGGAGGGAAUUCUUCAGCAGAUUGGUGAGAGUAACCCUGCUCUUGCACAGAUCAUUAGCCAGAACCCCGAGGCUUUUCUUCAACUUUUGGCUGAGGGCGUCGAUGGUGAAGGCGUCUUGCCCCCUGGUACUAUUCAAAUUGAGAUUACACCCGAGGAAAACCAGAGCAUUGAAAGAUUGUGUCAGUUGGGUUUCGACCGGAAUAUCGUUAUUCAAGCGUAUCUGGCUUGCGACAAAAACGAAGAGCUUGCCGCUAACUACCUCUUUGAGCAUGGACACGAAUCCGAUGGCGAUGACGCAUGAAGUGGUUCCCCGUCUUAUUAAAAAAGAAACAUUUUUUUAGCGUUUAUGAUGAAAGUGGGCCAACUUUUGUCUGGGUCUACUUGAUGAAAAGGGCAUGGAUUCAAUGGUUCUGUGGUUACAGCGUGAUGGUUAAGGCCUUCCUUCAUAUAUAGGUUGGCAGUUCAGGACCAUUCAAAUUCACAGGUGAAGUUUCAGUCGCCUUGCUAGGUGUCCUGUGAUUAGACUACUUGACAUUUAGUCUAAUGUAUAAAUAAAGGGGACUUUUUUUAAAAGUAAUUUUGUUGCAAAACAACGGGGCAAGAUUGAACGGG